UGCAAACGUAUUUAAAACAAUAAAAUCAAUAAUAUUUUGAAGAAGUUUUGGGCACAAAGCUCGCUGUUACAAGAAUGAAGUUGUGUUUAAUAAUUUUACUCUUUUUACUUUUGGGAAAUGCAUCGUCAUCAAUGUUCAAAAUGGAGAGAGGAUCUGCUUUGAAAUUGGUCUGUCCCGGCGACGAACAAGAUGAUUUAGAAUACGAGUCAAAUAUAUCGCAUGUAAACAUAUCUAGAGGAAAACCGGGGAAAAGAGGUCCACAAGGUCCACCAGGACCGCCUGGUGCAAAAGAACCAGAUUCAGAAAUACGGAGAAGAUAUGAAGAUCGAAUUUUGGCGUUGGAAACUCAAUUGAGAGCACAAAAUGAUCAAAUUGGUGGAUUAGGACAAAUUGGAAAUCCUGCGGAAAGUUGCAAAGCCAUAAAGCUAGCGAAUGAUAACGCCGAAAAUGGUCUCUAUUAUAUCAGGGAUAAUGAGGGAAAUGUAUUUCAAACAUACUGCGACAUGGAUAUUAAUGGUGGAGGAUGGACUCUCGUUGCUUCUGUUCACGAAAACAAUAUGAAGGGUAGAUGCACAUCAGGCGAUAGAUGGUCGAGUGAACAAGGAAACAGUGCACAACAUCCACACGGUGACGGCUUUUGGGAGAAUAGAGCUGUUCAUGGAAGUGCUUCUUCAUCCACCAGUGACGAUUAUAAAAAUUCUGGAUACUUUGCAAUGAAUGCACGCGACAUUAUGUUAUGGCAUACACCAAAUGACACGCCAGUUGGAAGCUUUGAUUCUGAGGCAUUUAUCAAGUAUCAUACGAGUAAUGGUUUCUUACAAAGAUACGGCGGAAAUCUUCAGACUCUUUAUUCAAAACACUACCCGAUGCGCAGUAAACAAUAUACCGCUAAUAAAGACAAUGGACCAUCAAUACCUAUAACUUGGGACAAGGGUAGUAAUGCGAAAAUGGUGGAACUUACUCCAAUUAAUUCAAGAGGUGAAACCGAGUCUGGAUAUGUACAGUUUCGAGCAGUCAACAACGAGCGAAAUGCGUUUGCACUUUGCCCGGGUGUUCGUAUCAAACCAAACAAGCGAAACGUAGAACAUGUAUGCAUCGGAAGUACAAGCUAUAACAUCGGCCAUACACGCGAAGAAGAAUACUGCGGUGAUUUUGCAGCAAAGGAUUGGAGUCAUUCAUCAGGGUGGUCCGCACCAGAAAAAAUAAUCACAUCAGUUGUCAUGAUAUUCUAUCGUUAGGAUGAGAAAAUUUACCUGUGUUGUGAUUUCAACAACAACUACCAGUGAAUCAGUUUUAAAAUACAAAAACUGAAAUAAAGUGUAUAUAUUACAAGAAAAAUUUGUUCCUGUUAGCAAGAUUGGAAAGUAUAUGAGAUUCAUUUAAUUAAAGACAUUUAUACUGUUUUAUAUUUUGUUGCGAUUACUGCAAUACCAUUAAUAAA